AUGACUGCCAUACUGAUGGGAAACUGCCUCUUCAAAGGCUCCACAACGACUCUCGACGGUAUCGGUCUGCGGCCGAUGCCGGCAGAACGGCCGAAGACUUUAAGAAAACUUAAAUCAGUGUAUGACGCUUCGCCUACAGAGAAUGUGAACAGUCUAAGUAGCAAUGGUACUGAGAGACCUAAUGGCGUGGAAGAUGAGGUCAGAAGACGGAGUAACACCACCAGUUCGACUCAAAGUGGAGAUAAAUCACUGUCAAUCCUUAGUCCGUUUGAUGAACAGGAGGAGUGGGCCAAAAUUUCAGAGAUCAUGGCGUCGUUUGGCAGUAAGCUUGUUAGAGAGUCAGUGUUUGUGUCAGAAUUGGAGCAGGAGUUCACUUCUCGGCUGGGGCUCAGUUGUUCUGAGUCCAGUUUGAGUCCUUCUGUUGCCUCGACAUUAGGACUUUGGCUGUCGGGACUUGGAAUGCACGAUUAUGACCCUUUGUUUGUAGAGAGCGGUUACGACGAUAUUGAUUUUGUUAACGGAAUCCUCAACGAAAAUGACCUGAGAGAAAUGGGCAUAGAAGAGAAUGAUAGGCAAAAGAUACUAGAGUCAGCAAAACAGUUACCUCUUAAAAUAGCAGAAAUAAGCAAUAACUAUAACAAUAAUAAUAUAAGUAAAAACCAAAACGAGUCAGUGGAUGAUUGGCUUAGAACUAUUAAUCUAGAGCAAUACAGUGAUACGUUUAGAAGGCAUUUGUACGUAGACAUGGAUAGAGUAAGGCGGAUUUGGGAGGUGGAGUUGACAGCUGUGUUAGAAAUUAAUAAGGCUGGCCACAGGAAAAGGAUACUUUGUUCUGUAUCCGGCGAACAGAAUGGACCAGCUUGUAAUAUUGAAGAAAUCAACACUGAUCUCAAGAAUUUGAAAAAUAAUAUUCAGCAAUUAAAAGAAGAAAUUAAAGAAAAGUUACCUCCAUCGGAGAACUUGAAACCUGUCCCACCUCCUGUGGUCCCAACUCUUGCACCACCUGGUGGAGAAACAUUAAAAAGAAGUAAGAAGAACCGACCUGCUCCUCAACCUCCUCGACCUUCAGACCUGGAGAUCAGAGCACCUUCGGAACUUCUCGUAGGUGUUCCGGGAGCUUUGAAAACGCAAUGGAAACAUCAACCCUUCGUGCUAGUUACAGGAGCUGUGACAUACGUUGCUAAUUAUUUGGGAUCAACAGUGGUAAAAGAGCUCAGAGGCACGGAGUCCACGAAGAAGUCUAUUCAAAAGUUAAAGAAGACUACCAAAGAACCGCGUGACUCUCCCGACAUCAUUCUGUCCAUCAGCUACAGAGGGGUAAAGUUCCUCAACACCAUUACCAGAGAGCUGGUGUGUGAACAUGAAAUCCGCAACAUUCACUGCGCGUGUCAAGACGCAGAUGAUCUAACGCACUUCGCCUACAUCACAAAGGACCACACCACUAGAAGCCACUACUGUCACGUAUUUAGAGUCGCUACAAUGGAUCAAGCAACUGAAGUAAUAUUAACAUUAGGGGAAGCUUUCGAAGUGGCUUACCAGAUGGCACUACGAGAGCAAGCGAAUAGAGUCAGAAUUCCUCAAAACGUACAAAACGUAACAAAAACACCAACACACGACCCCACGACAGCUACUAAUAAAGAAAAAGUUAAUGUAAACCACGGCAGAUCACAUUCCAUAACAGAAAUCAAAUUAAAUGGGCAUCAGUUAAAAAUAGCACCAAUGUCUGCUUCGUUGUCAAAUGAAGAUUUCCAGAAAAAUUCAGACGGUUCCAGAAGCCCUAGGAAUCCACUCCUCAAAGCGCCUAUAGCUUCUACGGAAGAAUUG